CUGGCGGCUCCUCUCCCGAAGCCACUGCGGAAACUGGACGCCUCCGGGCUUGGGAGGGGCUCUUUCCUCCCUCCCGGGGCGCCUAUAAACCUCGGCGCUGGGCUGCGGCUCGCUGCGCGCCGUCUCCCUCCCCCGUCAGCCGCGUGAGGGCUUGGCUCCAGCCCCAGGGUCCUAAUGGCAGCUGAGCCACUGACUGAGCUGGAGGCGGCCAUCGAGACAGUGGUCACCACCUUCUUCACCUUUACAGGGCGGGAGGGCCGGAAGGGCACCCUCAGCAUCAAUGAGUUUAAGGAAUUGGUCACUCAGCAGUUGCCUCACCUGCUCAAGGAUGUGGGCUCCUUAGACGAGAAGAUGAAGAGCUUGGAUGUGAAUCAGGACUCAGAGCUGAAGUUCACUGAGUACUGGAGACUGAUCGGGGAGCUGGCCAAGGAGCUCAGGAAGGAGAAGGCCCUGGAGAUCCGGAAGAAGUAGAGCAGGCUGGCUGGCAAGGGGGCGGGUAGGGCCGGGCCGGUCUGGGCCAUGCGGAACCCCACUCACCCUAAAUAAAGCCUUCUUGAAAAACAAA